AUGAAUCUAAGUCCAAUCGUCGUCCUGACCAUAGCGUCUGUCGUGUACUGUGCAUUCCUUAUGUUUACCAACCAUCUGGCGGACGGCCAAUUUCCUUUCUGUUUCCACCCUGUCAAGUGCGCAGAUUACGAGAAGGAACUGAGCAUGAGCAUAAGCCCCAAGGACGACGCCUGCGACGAUCUCUACGUUCACGUCUGUCGAAACUGGCGUCGUAUGUAUCCUCUCUACGUCGAUCAGUGGAACGUCCUGCAGGUACGCACCUGGCACACCGCCAUGGAGCUACUUCUGAAGCCACGCGACAGCGCUAAAUCUGUGCUGGACAAAACGGCCAUGGGCUUUCAGCGCUGCAUCGAGGUCGUUUCGAAAGAUGCUCACGAGCCGGACGCCAUCAAGGACCUGUUUGCCAAGUACCAUUUCCAGUGGCCAAGUACGCAGCUACAAAAGGAGUUCGAUCUUGCAGACUUCGCAGUAGGGCUACCCUUGGAUUACGGCAUACCGGUCCUGUUCGAGCUCCGCGUGCUUCCGUAUUACCGUACGGAUAAGAAAUAUUCGUUGGCGCUAUCUGCAGCUCCCGGCUUUAUUCGGAGAGACUACCCACCUGGUAGCGAUGUUGGUGAGCUUGACAUAGAUUCCUGCAUCCAAGAAUUCGACAGUGGAUCGUCCAUUUCUGAUGCGGGUACGACCAUCACGACAUUUUGGGAUGCUGUCCAGAUGGCCGAAGACACUGCCAACGUAGAGUUCGCGAUGACCUACAUGAAACUCGCCGACUUUAAGAGCAUCACGCCUACCAUUGCCCCUGCCGAUUGGGUGAAGGCCAUUAACAAGCACCUUCCGAAGAAGGCGCAAGUCUCUGAGAGCGAUGAGGUCUUGGUGGACGCAAAAGCGGUGCCAAUGCUGCGACAGGUUCUUCCUCAAUACAAAAGCAAGCUCGCAGAUAUGAUGCUGGCUGUCGGAUUCAACGUCGUGACGCGCCUCUCUGCAGGGUUUUCUUAUCCCGUUCUGAAGUGCAUGGACGCCAUGUACACCACUCUUUCUACAAUGACCUUAAAACGGUUCAGCGUGUACCAUACCGUACCUUGUCUCGGCCUUAUGGUUAAGCUGGCGCCAUUCGCCGUUGCUCGCGUUAUCUACGACGAAAUUCUAGACAAAAAGUCCGUGGAUGCGACGAAGGAGGUCUUGGCAAAUGUUCGAAAGGCGAUGGCUGCGUCUUUUGAAAACUUCAAGAAUGCAACAGAAGUUACGCGAGCGAAGGAACGCCUUUCUUCACUAAUUGUUGUCGAAGCUAUGUCUUCCCACUUUUCCGACCCGAAAGCUAUUGAAGGCGCGUAUUCAUUUCUGCCUUCGUUUGACAAGACGUUCAUGGUCGAUUACCUCGAAGCUAGUCGCCUCAAGAUGAACAAGGCCAAAGAAUUGCUGACCACUCCAGCCAGUGCUCUUCCAAUAAAGCGGGAGGACAUCGAAGUGGAGCCUAUUAGAGGAGAAAGCGAGUACUUGCUCGGCGCCCACGUGGUCUUCGUGCCGGGCGUCCUCAUGCAAGCUCCUUUUAUCAGCCCCGAUGUCCCUACAGCAGUGGCGUACGGCGGUAUUGGACACGACUUGAGUACAGCCAUAAUGAAGGCCUUUGACCCCGUGAAAAGUGCGGUCACAAGCAAGGUAGAAAAGAAUGAUAUCUAUACGGAGAAUAGCUUAAUGUUGCUUCAAGCUUACCUAGGUUGCCUCAGUUUUCAAAUCAAGCUAAUCGCCGAGCAGCCCUCGAAGCAUAGCUCGUCGCAGGACUUCGCCGACAGCAUGGGGCUCUCAAAAGUGUCACAAGCGUUCUAUGCCCUCAAGAAUAAGGGCGCAGGAAUGUUGGACUAUACGCCCGAGCAGCUUUUCUUCGUCAGUUCAGCUUUCAAACGUUGUGCCAUUGACAGUAUGACGUCGUCCGACGACAGAUAUUCGCCGCCGCAGUUGAGGGCAUCCUUCAGUGCUGUGAACGUGGAGCCGAAAUUCAUAGAGACAUUCAAAUGUUCUGCGACAAUAGGAGCCAUUAGCUGCCGGGACCCUUGGCUUAGCAAGGCUUGA